AUGCCAAAAUAUAGUACAAAGCAGCAAGCAAUUGAUGCCUUGAAGAAAUCGCAUAAAAUCAGGGAAUUUAUCGUGAAAAAAAAAACACUGGUAGAGUCUUUAUCAGCAAGUGCAGACGAGCUUAUUAAAGAUAUUUUAGAAGUAAUCAAAAAGGAAGUUAAUAUAAAGUUGGAGCAGAUGGCUGCCGCGAAGGAGCUUAAACAAACACUUAAAGCCAAUAAAUACAUACACAAGGUUGACAAUGUAUUGCCAGAUGUUGAGUACAGGGAAAGAGCACUUGACUUCUUCGAGAGUCUAGAUGCCUACAGGUUCAAAGAAGAAAUCAGAAUGUGCAAAGAUUAUUCUAUAAAUGCUAUAAAAAUCUAUGAAUUUUACCUUGUCAGCUUUACUCGCAUGCCUUUUCUUUUGAUCCCAAUUAGCCACUUUUAUUAUAGUGACAGACAUUUUCGCAGUACCUGUACUGAUUCUGAACUAAUUAAUCGUAUCCAAUAUAACUUGUACCUAUAUAUUCAUAAAUGCACUAUAUCAAUAUCUGGUUAUCCAGAAGAUCAUAAAGAGUUGCUGUCCUUAGAGUGUGGCGCAAUCCUGCUGAAUAUUUUACUAUUUAUUGGCCUUCUUACGCGUAUCGUGUCUUUCUCUUUCUUUCACCUACUUAUAUUCCCAGAGUCAGACAACACCAGCCUGGAACAAAUAGAAUUAUUUCAUGCUGGCAAAAAGAUCACGAUUUGUGGUCCGUGUAAUGGAGAGGUAUAUAUAGCAGCCUCACCUAACCGCAGUAGAGUCCACAUGAAUGCAGCUAGCUCUGACAAGCAUAAGACGUCAAAUAUUUGCCAUUCAGAUACAGCACUAAGAACUGCGAUAAAUUUAGUGAAAAGAAAUAGUAUAUCCAAGAAGUGUUCCAGAGACAGUGUAACUAGGCAACAAAAGCAGACAAACUGCUUUAGGAGGAUGGGUCGAAUACGUAUUCAACUGGCUAGAGGAAGAAGUGUAGCCCCAGUUGUACCAAAAGGUACAAAGAGAAAGUUGGAUGAGUUGGAGGAGCUUGCCGAGUUGGCAAUGGAGUACCGCCGUGUGUACAAGCGCACGGCGGUUAACAAACCGUUCAAGAAGUCUCCCCUCGGUUGUGAAGAAGACGGGGAUCUCGGGCAGGCGCCAAAGAAACCUGCGCAAGUACUUUCAGUUGGUGCGGUAACCACUGGAACGAAGCGGGGCUGCCCCGAGGACUUUGACGAAGACGAACGCGUCCCAAAGCGCGUCCUUCGUCAGAUCCUCGCUGAUUACGAGGAACCCGUCCAGAAGGGCAAGACGGGCCUUCCAUUGUCGAAGGCCCUCUACAGACGGGUUCUGAGUCAGGAGACCCAGGCGGCGGCGGUCCUGGCUAUCACAGGGUGCCUCCACCCUAGAAAGUGUGAGGCAGUAAAGCCAGAAGAGGACGCCGCCGCUGUUACCGCCGUCUUCCAGCAGAAACAGAAACAAAAUCCGAAACCUGGAUCAGUAUUAGGAUCAGUAUUAGGAUCAGUAUUAGGAUCAGUAUCAGGAUCAGUAUCAGGAUCAGUAUCAAGAUCAGUAUUAGGAUCAGUAUCAAGAUCAAGAUCAAUGCCAGGGUCAUGGAUAAGGAUAUGAUUAGGAUCAGGGUCAGGGUCAGGGUCAGGACCAGAAGGAAGGAAGGAUAGAUAAAAUAAAAAAAUUAGAAUGUAUAUAUAUAUAUAAAUAAAUAAAUAUUAUUUAUUUUAUUAUUUAUUUUAUUAUUAUUAUUAUGAGAGAAAUAUAUCUAUUUUACAAUUGCGGCAACAU